AGUAGUACCGUAAGAGAAGACUUUCUCCCAAAAGACCCAAAAACAGAAAAAUAAGAAAAACCAGAAAUAAAAGCAAAGAGCGACCAGCCCUUCCUCCGUCCUCCAGAUCCGACUCCCGCCGGCGACCGCCAUGUCCUCCGCCGUCCGAUCCCUUGCUGCCCCCCUCCUCCUCCUCCUGGUUCUCGUCAACGUCGUGUUUCCUGCUCUCGCCUCCGAGUCAGAUCACCGGUAUCAAGCGGAUGAUCGAGUGACCCUAUGGGUGAAUAAGGUUGGCCCGUACAAUAAUCCUCAAGAAACUUAUAAUUAUUACAGCCUUCCAUUCUGCAGUCCAUCUGGGACUGCUGGUCACAAAUGGGGUGGUCUUGGGGAGGUCCUUGGAGGAAAUGAGCUUAUUGAUAGUCUGAUUGAGAUAAAGUUCCGAAAGAAUGUGGAUAAAGCUACUAUUUGCCACCUUGAGCUUGAUGAAGCAAAGGUCCGACAUUUCAAGGAUGCGAUUGAGAAUAGUUACUGGUUCGAAUUCUUCAUGGAUGACCUGCCAUUGUGGGGUUUUGUGGGUGACUUACAUCCUGAAAAGGACAGUGAUAGCAACAAGCUUGUCCUAUACACGCACAAAAGGAUUACCAUUCAAUACAACAAGGAUCAGAUUAUCCAUGUUAACCUCACACAAGAGAACCCUAAACCUUUGGAAGUGGGAAGGACCUUGGACUUGACAUACUCCGUUAAAUGGGAUUACACUAAUAUCAGCUUUGCACACCGGUUUGAUGUUUAUUUGGACUAUCCUUUCUUUGAGCAUCAGAUUCAUUGGUUUUCCGUCUUUAACUCAUUCAUGAUGGUUAUAUUCCUCACUGGUUUGGUGUCGAUGAUAUUGAUGAGAACCCUGAGGAACGAUUAUGCAAAAUAUGCAAGGGAAGACGAUGACCUGGAGAGUCUGGAAAGAGAUGUGAGUGAGGAGUCAGGUUGGAAACUUGUCCAUGGAGAUGUUUUCAGGCCUCCUCGUUAUUUAGCCCUUCUUUCUGCUGUUGUUGGAACAGGCGCUCAGCUGGCAUUGCUUGUCCUCCUCGUUAUUCUAUUGGCAAUUGUUGGGACGUUGUAUGUUGGGAGAGGAACAAUUGUCACAACCUUUAUCUUGUGUUAUGCCUUCACCUCGUUUAUCUCUGGAUAUGUGAGCAGUGGGAUGUACUCAAGGAAUGGCGGUAAAAGCUGGAUAAAAUCUAUGAUCCUCACAGCGUCACUGUUCCCGUUCAUGUGUUUUGGAAUUGGCUUUGCCCUGAACACUGUGGCUAUAUUCUAUGGGUCUCUGGCGGCUAUUCCAUUCGGCACUAUGGUGGUGGUUUUUGUCAUCUGGGCAUUCAUCUCUUUUCCUCUGGCACUUCUGGGUACAGUUGUGGGAAGAAAUUGGAGCGGUGCACCGAACAACCCAUGUCGUGUUAAGACUAUUCCUCGCCCGAUUCCUGAGAAGAAAUGGUACCUAACUCCAUCUGUUGUAUCAAUGAUGGGUGGAUUGCUGCCAUUUGGCAGCAUCUUCAUUGAGAUGUAUUUUGUCUUCACAUCCUUCUGGAAUUACAAGGUCUACUAUGUUUAUGGCUUUAUGCUGCUGGUCUUUCUGAUUCUCAUCAUCGUGACUGUGUGCGUCACAAUCGUUGGCGCAUAUUUCCUGCUAAAUGCCGAGAACUACCACUGGCAAUGGACAUCAUUCUUCUCUGCGGCUUCGACAGCAGUCUAUGUGUACUUGUACUCGAUCUAUUACUAUUAUGUGAAGACCAAAAUGACGGGAUUCUUCCAGACCAGCUUCUAUUUCGGUUACACUCUGAUGUUCUGUCUCGGCCUAGGAGUCCUCUGCGGAGCUGUCGGCUUCCUGGGUUCCAAUUUGUUCGUACGGAGGAUAUACAGAAACAUCAAGUGUGAUUAGGUGUUCAUUGGAGUGUCCUUGGUGGCGGUCCUUCAAGCGAAUGUAUCGUGGUGACGAGCAAUCGAUUUCAAGCAGCAGUUAAUGUUGUUGUACUGUCUCCACAUUUUGGUCCCUCCAGUUGCCUUUUUCUUGUGCUCUCAUUUAAGACACACAUGGCUCUGAGUCCAUCCGUCCAAAUUUGCCGUUGAAUAUGUCUUCUCGCUAACCCUUUAGAUUUAGUAUCAGCUUAGGCACAUAGAAGACGAGGGUUAAGUAUCAUAUGUGGAAUUACGAGAAAGCCCGAAGCUUGAACGACCGAUGCACUGCCUUAUUUUCACUCGACUCUUUCAAUCGAAAUUUAUUUUUCCGACUUUGUUACACUACUGGAGCUUUAUGCCCUUUCGAAUCAAAUUGAAAUGAUAUCAUUGCAUA